AUGCUCAUUGCUUCUUCUUCCACCUUCUUCCCCGUCGCAACUCCCCCUCCAACUUCCUCAUUCCCACCUCGUUCUUCUUCUUCUACUGCUUCCUUCCCCUUUCUUCCUCCUUCUCUCAGAGGCUGCGCUUGCAGAGCCAUACUCAGCACCCACACCACCCAGAAGGAGAAGAACGGCAUGCUCGGAGCUCGUUCCUCUGAUUUGGAUCAACUUUCUGGUUUGACUGCUUUGUCCCCAUUGGAUGGCCGCUAUUGGGGGAAAGUUAAGGAAUUGGCUCCUUUUAUGAGUGAGUAUGGCCUCAUCUAUUAUAGGGUUCUUGUUGAGAUAAAAUGGUUGUUGAAGCUGUCUCAGAUACCUGAAAUUGUUGAGGUUCCGAGUUUCAGUGAAGAUGCCAAGUCUUAUUUACAAGGCGUGAUUGAUGGCUUUAGCGUGAGUGAUGCCUUAGACAUAAAGAAUAUUGAGAAGGUGACUAAUCAUGAUGUUAAGGCAGUGGAGUACUUCUUGAAACAAAAAUGCCAAUCGAAUGCUGAAGUGGCUAAGGUGCUUGAAUUUUUUCACUUUGCUUGCACGUCUGAGGAUAUAAAUAACCUCGCCCAUGGGUUGAUGCUGAAAGAAGCAAUGGGAUCUGUCAUGUUUCCUGUCAUGGAUAAAAUAAUUAAAUCCUUGUGUAACAUGGCUAAAGAUAAUGCUCAAGUCCCAAUGCUUUCUCGCACUCAUGGACAGCCAGCUUCACCAACAACUUUGGGAAAGGAAAUGGCUAUAUUUGCUGUGAGAUUAAGCAGAGAAAGGAAGGAAUUAUCUCAGGUUGAGUUUUUGGGGAAAUUCGCUGGUGCGGUUGGAAAUUAUAAUGCACAUGUUGUUGCAUACCCUGAUGUUAACUGGCCUCAAAUUGCAGAAGAGUUUGUAAAAUCUCUUGGAUUAAGUUUUAAUCCUUAUGUUCCUCAGAUUGAAACUCAUGACUAUAUGGCAAAGCUAUUUCAUUCGCUCAUCCAGUUCAACAAUAUAUUAAUUGACUUUGAUAGAGACGUAUGGGGCUAUAUAUCCUUGGGUUAUUUUAAGCAGAUCACAAAGGCUGGGGAGAUUGGGUCGUCAACUAUGCCUCACAAAGUGAAUCCUAUUGAUUUUGAAAAUAGUGAAGGUAAUCUAGGUGUUGCUAAUGGAGGUCUGUCUCAUCUAAGCAUGAAAUUGCCGAUUUCACGUUGGCAGAGGGACUUGACUGAUUCAACUGUCUUACGGAACAUGGGUGUAGGAAUUGGUCAUUCCCUUCUUGCUUACAAAAGCACACUUCAAGGAAUAGGAAAGCUUCAGGUUAACGAAGCUCGCUUGAGUGAAGACUUGAAACAAUGCUGGGAGGUGCUAGCUGAACCAAUACAAACUGUUAUGCGAAGAUAUGGUGUUCCGGAGCCUUAUGAGAAGUUAAAAGAGCUUACCAGAGGGAGAGCGGUUACAAAAGAGAGCAUAAGAGACUUCAUUGAAGGCUUAGAUAUUCCGCAAGCUGCAAAGACGAAUCUGUUAAAGUUGACACCGGAUACUUACAUUGGAGCAGCAGUAGAAUUGGCGCGAACUGUGGAACACGCAGUGGAUUUGUUUUGAAUCGAAUACAAAAAAAAAAUUCUCAAAACUAGCAAUUAGAGCAGUUUGCUGCAGAACUGCCAAGGCAUUUCUGUCAUAGAACCUCACCAACCAAGGGUGAUUAUUAGUUGCUUGAAAGAACAUUUUAAUUACAUGCUGCACAUCGUUGUAGAAGAGGACAUAAUGUUCCCUGAUUAUGAAAAACUAUAGGGAAUAAGGGAUUUUGGAAGUGAUAGGCAAAUUGUAUUAUAGAUUUUCAUGCUUCAGAAAGGCCUGAAAAAUAAGGAAAUAGGUUUUGAAGUCUUCUAUUGGAGUCAA